CGCCACGCGUAGAUUAUAGGAAGUAGUUUGAAUUUACACCAAGUAAACACAACAGGGACCAAUGCUGCUCAGUGUCCAGCGACAUUUCAAAGAAUGGGCGUGAAGGGUCUACAGUACUUCAUGGACCGCUGCUGUCCAGAAGCCUGUGUGACAGUGAACCUGAGAGAGAUGGCCAGACAGCAGCAGGCCUCCGCAACCGCACCUCACACCAGCAACCCCACACUUGUUGUGGAUGGUAUGGCUUGCUUGCGCCACUGGUAUUCAUGCAAGGACUGGGCAUGUGGGGGCCAGUGGAGGGAGUACUUGGAUAUCCUAAAGAGAUGGGUUGAGGCAUUUACGUCUGCAGGCAUCCGACUGGUCUUUUUCUUUGAUGGAGUAGUGGAGGAGCAGAAGAGGCAAGAGUGGGUGAAGAGGAGACGCAGAGUGAACGGGGAGAUUUCAAAGAUAUUUUGUCACAUAAAAGAGCAUGGAGAUCAGCCGGGUAGAGAGCUUUUUUGUCUGCCCUCAGGAUUGGCGACAUUCACACCCUUUGCUCUCCGGUCAUUAGGUCAGGAAGUGUUUUGCUCAGUGCGGGAAGCAGACUAUGAGAUUGCCAGCUAUGCUCGCCAACAUGGCUGCAUGGGUAUUCUGGGAGAGGAUUCAGACUUCAUCAUAUAUGACAGUGCCCCUUAUUUGUCUGUGGCAAAGCUGCGGAUAAACAGCCUCACCACUGUCAUGUACGACCGACAGAGGCUCUGCCAAACCAUUGGACUGGCUGUUACCCAGCUACCACUGCUGGCCUGUCUCCUGGGUAAUGAUGUGGUGUCAGAGGAGAAGAUGCGUGAUGUCAGGAACAAUGCGAUGGCAGCUUACAGAAAAAACAGUCCUGCACCACAUUAUGGUGCUCCGCAGGGGCAGGUGGUGCUAGCAGUGUCCCAGCUUGUGAGCUCUCUGUGGAGUACAGAGGACGAGGAAGCUGAACUGGUCCCACAGUCUCUGAAUCUCUCGACUCCUCGUAGAGAGCUACUGAAGAAAGGCGUUUGCUUAUACACACUACCUGGACAGAAACGUCCCGAGCUCUGUGAAAUCUCCUCACUUCCUUCUGCUUUUGAAAAAUAUGUUAGCCCAGAAAUCCUAAAGGCAUGUAGAGAGAAGCAUGUAGCAGCAGAGGGUUUCAUGGUUUACACUGUCUUGUGUGUGGGUGUCACUGAGUGUAGCAACACUCUGGAGGAUGAGGAGGACACCGAGUUAGUGCCUCAGGCCCUCGUCUACAAGCCCUGCAGACAACUCAUCUAUGGUCUCCUCCUUCUGCUUGGUCACAAUGGAAGGAUUGAGGACCCUCCAGCAAUCAGGGAAUGGUUUGUCUUCCCCGGAAACCCUUUGAAGGAACCUGAUAUAGUCCACCCUCUCCCAGUCAGCCUGCCAUGUGAUCAACCCAGUCUGGACUUGUUAUGGCUUAGCACGGGUCCUGACGUGGCUGCUCUUCGCCUGACAGCCUUCCUUACAAUUUUUGGCUGUCCUGAGUUUUCGGAGCUGCAUGGAGUUAUUGAAGACUUUCUCCUGGCUGCUCUCUGCCUGGUCACAUAUUUAGUCCUACAGGUACAAACUUUAUCUCUAGAAGACGUGGAUUCCUACCUGAGUCAAGCUGUGUGUCUGAGACUGAAAUCCUCUCAGGAGCUUCAACAGAUCGAGCUGCCUUUGUUUUCGAGUCGUGCGGUGCAGUUGGGAUCUCUGUACGUCCGAGGGCUGAGCCACCUGCUGGGUGCUAACUGUGCCAGCGGCUGCCCGCUGCCCAGCGCUGCUCUAAUGCCCUGGCACAGCUUCGAUGGACGGCUGUUCCACUCAAAGUACCUGCUGGCACACAGCGGCACAGAGAAAACUGAGCUGCUGGACCACGAUUCGUCCAGCCUGUCUCUGUUCCUCCAGUUAAGGGAGAAACUUACAGAAACUUGCAACAAGAGAGGCAGAGUCCUGCAGUCCAGACCCAACGCACCACAGUCACGUCCUAAAACCACAAUACAAACCGGAUACAGAGACAGACACUCGGGACCUUUUGGUACAACGUUUCCCUGUAAACAUGUUGCAUAAUUUGUCUGAAGCAUAAAAAAUUAUCUGAAUAUGCGUUCUGCAUGUUCAGAUGAUGAUGAUGGUUUAAGUUGCUUUGUCUCUUUUUGUGCUGGUCUGUGGUAUUAGUAUUUCUUAACACUUUAGCUUUAUUUGUCAGCUUCCCAAACACUUAGUCUGCUCUGAAAGCGAUAAUUGAAGAGUUAAAAUCAAACGGAAACGCGCACUUGGCCUUGUUUUGUGCUGUUAUAUCACAGCAGAAUACAAACUGUAGAAAGUACACUGAUGUUGGUAGCGCUGGCUCACAGAACAGCUGAUGUGGUGUGCACAUUUAAACGCGAGUGGUUCCAAAAUAUUUAUUAUGACAAUGAUGAUUUAGUAGAUUUAACAGAUGAAUGCAUGCAUGAUUUUCUCAACACAUUCAAAUAAGAACAAAAAGAAUUACAAUUAAGGACCAAACCAAGUCACAGUGCUAUCAUGCUACUGAAAGGACUGAAGAGAUUAGAAUGUCAAUUUACGUCACUAAUGCAUCCACCAUCAUAGGAUUUCUAUUUAUUUAAAGUUAAUACAGAGCUCUCGUAUAACUACUAUACAUUUAAGUCAGGAAAUAUCUAUUUACAUUGCAUGGCAAUCAGAUUUAAUGUUAAACAGUCUUCUUAACUUACAGGUUCUUUGUUCUCAGUCUUUUGGUUAGGAGGUUUAAGGCCUACCAGGCCAAAGGGGUGGAGUUGUGCUAUGUGCUGGUGUAGAGAAGUUGAUUUUAACACAAAUGGAGCUUACUGUGCCUUUCCUUGUUUGUGCAUCAAACAUGGGCUUCUACUGUCAACGUACGCAUAAGUAAUGCCCCUGGCCUGACAGCUCAUUAUAAAAGAGAGCAGAUAUCCUCAAUAUGAUCAUCUCAUCUCUGGAUGUGAGCACAAAAGCACUUUUACAUCUGCUGUUUAAACCUUGUGUUAAUGAGGGGCAGCCAGUCAGAAGAGAGUUAGGUUAAAGGUAGAAGCGCUAAAGUGGUUUCAGGGAGAGCUGAGAAGCUACGCUGAGAUACAGUACAAAAUAAUUUAAGGCUGUUGCUUCUGUAGACAGUCCUGGGAUAGAAAUGUGGGGAAAUAAAUUAUUGUAAUAAGUCGUCGACUUUUUUUGCCCUUACCAUUCACUUUGUGUGUGUUGUUUUCGUGCUGUAUAAUUUUGCUCCCAUUUGAUCCAUGACUCUUUGGAAAAAGAUGUUUGAUCUAAAGACCAUCCUAAAUGAGGAUCAGAAAGAGAAAACCCUUCUGACUGAAUAUUAUAGUGUUUCUGGUGUGCUCUGGUAACCUCGUGGUUCAGAUGCAUACCAUUUAACCAUAAUGUCCUCUGUGCUAUGCUGGGGACCUUUGUUGCACAUCAGACCAAUUUUCUUUUCAUGUGUUUCCCGUAUCUGCGUCUACUCUGGAAACAAAACAAAAAAGAAAAGAAAAGAAAGAAGCCCCAAAAAGAGAUGCCACGAUGUCUCUAUUAUUUUUUACGCUUCAGUUGUUUUUAUAUUUUAAGCUAAUCACUGUCCAAAAGUAUCGAGUGCUGAAGAGGCCCCUAGUGAUCCGAUGGGUGCAAUCUGUCUGCGAGCUCACAUGAAAAACUAAUAAAAAAUCCUCCUGGAGCUGAACAGAGAAGCAUCAUUUUAAUCUGACAGUUGAUCUGCGGUUGUAGUUCUUUGGGGCCCUCAUGGAACCACAUUACCCAGAGGGCCAUGCUGUAAUGAGCUCCAUGUGUGCUGCGGCCUCAUCACAUACCGCCGUGCUCAUUUGCACGCGCACACACACACACGCUUGGAUCCGAGACUUGCUUUGUCAGUGCACUAGUAAUAGUGGGUUUCUGUUUAUAGGCUGGGAGAGCUCUAUUUUAAGACUCACAACAACUGAUUACAGACUCCUCUCGUCUGUCUCUCCCCUCUUUCUGCUCCCCUUCCCCUCGGUUGUUCCCCUCUGUUUUACUUUUUCUAUUCAUCAUCUUAACUUCUAUCAGUGGGGUAGUUUUCUUCCAGCUUCCAGACUCUUCAAAACCCUUUGCUGUUUCUUGAACCUUUUCACACGCCUCCUGUUUUGUCAUGAAGGAGCAUUAAUGCAUCGUUAUAUGACGGUCUUGACUGCAGUGUGCAGGCUGUAGGCCAACUUCACCUCUUGCCUGGAGUUUGCAGACCCCAUCACAAAAGCCGACUUAGCGGGAGCUUAUGAAAUAUGAACCCGCAGUUUCUCUUCAACCCUGUGACUUAUAAACCUUUUGCGACCGUUGCGCUGAAUGCCAUGUUGGCACAGAUCCUCCAGUUUGCGCCGAACUGUCUGCUUUCUGCCCAAGUCAACCCUUGUGGGUCUCAUGAGGAUGUUUCUGGUUUUAUAGAUGGAAGGCUAUACACUCUUUAUACCUCAGUGUUUCAUUUCUGCCAGACACAGACACUGAUCAUUACUACAGAGCUGUGGGGAAAUGAGUGUGUGUGUGUGUGUCCGCAGAGAGAGUAUGCAUGUGCGUGAGAGUAGCGGUGGCGCUAUGUGGUAUCGUUGAGGACCCGGGUUUGGUUUUUGUUUGAAUCAGGCCUGAUGUUUAGUCUCCUCAGCAAAUAUCUCCUCAGCCCGCCUGCCCUCCCAAUUACACUCCGCCAGUGAAUCCAGUGUAGCUCCUCUUCCACGUCUCUCCAGCUUAUAUCUGUUCAAAAAGACAAGAUGUAAUUGUAAACAACCUUAUUUUCAUGCAUUCUUAUCAGAGCUGCACAUAUUUGCAAUAAAAUAUUUACCCUAACCUCUAAUGUUUCCCUUCUUUAGCUCCUCCUUUUUUCUGCAAGACAUACAACACCUUUAAAAAGAUUGUGGUCCUUGUGGCCUCACUGACACAUUACUCUCGUGCUCAUGGCAUGUGUUACAUACUCUUUUUCUGCACCUUCACAUUCAGGCACUGGAUGGAUGUGAAGAUGGCGGUCUGAUUUAGCCAAAUGCACCGCUCCCGUUUGGUAAACUCUAAAGUUGGACUUGAUGUUUUAUUUUGAGCACUUUGUAAUUGGCAUAAAACGUUCCACAUCUGUCAGAGUUUCUUAAGUGUAUGGCAAGUCCCAGGCUUCUGUAAAUCCAACAAUAGAUUUUAGUGGCAGCUGAACACACCCAGAGAAACUGUUCCUGCCAGCAGAUCAAUUUCAUAAUCAGUCGUGCAGCAAUAAAAAGCUGCUCUGGGGAUGUUUUGUUAUUUGUAAGGAAAGCAAACUCUCAGUGCGAUGAAAGUAUUCUGUCCUAUCAUAAUUCGGCUGUCGACACAGUUAAUGCAAACUUGAUGAUUGCGUGCGUCCUGUCUGAAAUUGUUAAUUUUUGCUGUUUUGUGGGCUGUUGUCACAUAAUUGUGGGAAGACUUGAAAGGCAAGAUGGAUAUCUAUGUAUGUUUGAGAGAGGACGAGACGAAUGUUGAUACAGUUUGAACUGAUUAACAUUUACAUUUAAGACUGCUGAUUUCCAUUAUUAGUCAAAGUUAUUAUCAUUUACUGGUUUCAGUAAAGUCCUAUCACAGACUCUAAAUAAACUCUUAUUAAAACACAGAAUGUAUAUGAAAGAUCGUCGUCUCUGGAUCUGAAAAAAAAAGAAGCCGUUCCCAAGGAGCUCCUCUUCUCAGUCUAAUUGUUUAGAAGUCUACAAGUAAAUGGCCCUCCUCCUCAUGACACUUUCCUCAUGGGUUUAUGGUCUCAAUAAACUCUUUUAAAGUAUUUUUAGUACAACAUGAUGUUUCUUUUGUGGUCCCAUUUAUUUAUAUGUUUUAUUUGAGAGUUUUUCUUUCUCUUUUAUGUGAUAGAACAGUGGAGAUUAGACAGGAAAACUGGGAGAGGGGGAAGACAUGCAGUCAGACUCAAAACCUUUUGGCUGCUUUCAGCCUUGCGGUACAUGCUCACCUGCUCCACCAGGUGAGUUAAG